AGCCGUUUUGGCUCAAGCAGGUUUUUCUUUGCCCAGCCCGCUCGGCAGCACCGCUGCCGUGGCACAGUCUGCCUGCGGUCCCGACUGGUUGCUUGACGCUCCCGACCGCAGACUUCCCCCGGGCAGCAUGAGCGGCGUCGCCUUCGCCUCCCCCUUCGCCGCCCCGGCGGCGCCCCCGGCGGCGCUCCCGGCGGCGGCCCUGCGCGGCGCGGCCCGGGAGCCCCGCGCGGCCGCCUCGCCCGCGGCCUCGGCGGCCUGCGGACUCGCGGCGGCGGCGGUCGGCACGGCCGCCGUGGCGCGCGCGGGCGCCCGCAGGGCGAGGAAGGGCAAGCGCGUUGUGUCCAUGAAGGUCGGCACGUCCUCGGAUCCCUGGUCGCAUUGCGCCGAGUACAAGGACGAGCUCUUGGCGACCGUGAAGGCCAUGACCGCACCUGGCAAGGGCAUCCUCGCGAUGGACGAGUCGAACGGGACCUGCGGCUUGCGUUUGGAGUCGAUCGGCGUGGAGAACACCGAGCUGAACCGCCAGCGUUGGCGCCAGACUCUGCUCGGCACCAAGGGCCUCGGCGACUUCUGCGGCGGUGCCAUUCUGUUCACGGAGACCCUCUACCAGGACACGACGGACGGCAAGAAGAUGGUGGACCUCGCGAAGGAGAACGGCGUGAUUCCAGGCAUCAAGGUGGACACGGGCCUGGUGCCCCUCACAGGCGGCAAGGAGGGCGAGAACUGGUGCCGCGGCCUGGACGACCUCAAGGAACGCACCGUCGACUACUACAAGGCGGGCGCGCGCUUCGCGAAGUGGCGCACCACAGUGCGCGUGCGCGACCACUCCUCGAUCGCGGUGGCGGAAGCCGCCCAUGGCCUCGCGCGCUACGCCAGCAUCUGCCAGUCCUCAGGCCUGGUGCCCAUCAUCGAGCCCGAGAUCCUCCUCGACGGCGAGCACGACAUCGACGAGUGCUUGGAGACGUUCGAGGAGACCUGGGCGGCCGUCUUCAAGGCAUGCGCCGACUUCGGCGUGUGCCUGGAGGCGGUCUACCUGAAGCCGUCCAUGGUGACUCAUGGUGCGCAGUCUGGCAAGACGGCGGACCCGAAGACCGUGGCAGAGUACACCCUCGGCGCGCUGAAGCGUGUGGUGCCGCCGGCUGUGCCCGGCAUCUUCUUCCUCUCGGGCGGCCAGUCUGAGAUCCAGGCGACGGAGAACCUCAAUGCGAUGAACCAGGGCUCGAACCCGUGGCACGUCUCCUUCUCGUACGCCCGCGCGCUCCAGAACACCACUUUGAAGACUUGGGCAGGCAAGGACGAGAACAUCGUGGCAGCGCAGUCCAAGCUGUUCCAGCGCGCGGGGGCCAACUCCAAGGCCCAGAAGGGCGAGUACGACGCUGCCACGGCCGACGAGGACGCCACCGCUGCUGAGGGCAUGUACGUCAAGGGCUACACCUACUGAGUGCGCAAGCGUGGGCCGCCGCUCCGGUGCGCUGGCGAGGGCCCCAACGAAGGCCUUCUGCCAGCCGCCGUCAAUUUUUCGUGCGCAGCCCAUCUGUGGCAGCGGUCGCGAUGACGGAGAGAGGUCCUGAGAGAAACAGUUCAAGACGGUUUCCUCGUGUCCUGAGUUUCGCGACCCGUGCCUCCUUACCUUCCUGUGGCAGUGUGGCCUCGGAGGGGUCUGGAGUGCUCUCGCGUGUCCUCUCCAGUCAACACCUGACAGGUGCCCUCGCAUCCGUUUGAUGCUUCGUCGUGUGCCAGCACAUUCGCGCGUGAA